AUGCGUUUCACAGAAGAAAACAAAAAGAAAUAUCAAACCGUGCUUGAUUCCUUUGAGAACUACUUUGUGCCCAAAAAGAAUCUGUCGGUAUGUCGGCAUAAAUUCUUUUCUCACGUUCAAGGAACAGAUACAUUGGAUAUGUUUUUAACAAAAUUGAAGAAAUUAGCGGCGGACUGUGAAUUCAAAGAACUGCAAGAUUCUCUCAUAAGAGACAUGUUCAUUUGUAACAUGAACAAGGAACAUGCUAACAUAAGACAAAAAUUACUAGUAGAAAAUGAUAUAGGGCUUGAUAAAAUGAUCCUGUUGUACAGAAGCUUGGAAAUAUCACAGAGAAACAAUGUCUAUCUAGAAAAAGAAAAAGAAGAGGUGGUUCAGCAAAUAAAUCAGAGAAGAAAUAUAAAACAAGAAGUGAGAGGAAGGCAACCCACCCAAGAAGUGCGAGGAAGGCAACCCACCCAAGAAGUGCGAGGAAGGCAACCCACCCAAGAAGGGCGAGGAAGACAGCAAGAAUGUAUGCGGUGUGGAAACAUCCACUACUCUAUGUGGGUCAAAUGUCCGGCCUAUGGGGUUAAAUGUAACAAAUGUUCUAAAACAGGACAUUUUGCAAAGAUGUGCAGAACACCUAUCAGCUAUGUCGAUAUAGGUCAUCAUGACUCAGGUGGCUUCAUAACACAUCAAAUAAUGACUUCUUUAUAG